CGUCACGCAGUCUCAGGCUGCUAAAUCGAGCUACGACUAAUCGCUCAUCUGACUGCUGCUCCUCGGCCCAGCUGAGGAGAAAACUCCGGGAUGUGUUCUUUUUGUGUGCCGUUAAAAUGAACAGCCUUUUAAUUUUACCGGGACUCACCUGAAUAUACAUGUGGGACAGGAUUCGCGUUUGUUGUUUUUUGUUUAGUGGCAGCUAUGAGCUGAAGAAAAAUACGCUGCUUGCUAGAAGCCAAUCGCUAAUGUGGUGCUAACGGCUAACCGUUUGGCGUUGCCGCAGUUUGUAAACGUAUCUUUAAGACAUCCGUUCACGUGAGAAAUGAUGUGUUGCAGCUCAUAUAACUGUUGGGGGACAAAUGCCGCGAAUAAAUAAGUUUAUAUGUACUUGUGAGUAUUGCCACUCCACAGUGUAGCUUGCCACCUGGUAUUGUUUGCUACCUGUGUGUAACGGUUACCCUGCUAGCCACGUAAACUGCUCCUGCUUGGUGUUGACGUAGCAGGAGCAGCUAGCUCCCCUGUGCUGUCAAAGGUUUGAUAUGACUUAGGAGCACCAAGACUGCCUGAUAAAUCAAGACACCCGGAAGACCGAGGUCAUGAACAAUUGUGACUCAAAAUGCUAUAGCAGGACUUGAACGUGUGGCUUGUUUGGGUUCCUGGUCCUGUUGCAUUUAGCGGAUGAUGAAGCGAGUCAUCUGGCUGUUAUCAGGAUUAAACAGAAGAAUGAUGAAGCUCCUUUUUGCCCUCGCUUUGAUCGCCUACAUUGCCUCUGUCUGGGGAACAUAUACGAACAUGAGAUCAAUACAAGAACACGGAGAAAUGAAGAUUGAGCAGAGAAUUGAUGAAGCUGUGGCUCCUCUCAGAGAGAAGAUUCGCGAUCUGGAACAAAGUUUUUCUCAGAAAUACCCACCUGUGAAAUUCCUCUCUGAAAAGGAUCGGAAGAGAAUUUUGAUCACUGGUGGAGCUGGUUUUGUUGGGUCUCACCUGACUGAUAAGCUGAUGAUGGAUGGCCAUGAGGUGACUGUGGUGGACAACUUCUUCACAGGAAGGAAAAGGAAUGUGGAGCACUGGAUCGGCCACGAAAACUUUGAGCUCAUCAAUCAUGAUGUAGUGGAGCCUCUUUAUAUUGAAGUGGACCAGAUCUAUCACCUGGCAUCUCCAGCCUCUCCUCCAAACUACAUGUACAAUCCCAUCAAAACACUCAAGACUAACACCAUUGGCACUCUUAACAUGCUUGGUUUGGCCAAACGUGUGGGCGCCAGGCUUCUACUGGCUUCUACUUCUGAGGUUUAUGGAGAUCCAGAGGUACACCCACAGAAUGAAGAGUACUGGGGGCAUGUGAAUCCAAUUGGUCCUCGAGCAUGCUACGAUGAGGGGAAACGUGUUGCAGAGACCAUGUGUUAUGCCUACAUGAAACAGGAAGGAGUUGAGGUGAGGGUGGCAAGAAUCUUCAACACCUUUGGCUCCCGAAUGCACAUGAACGAUGGACGAGUUGUCAGCAACUUCAUCCUGCAGGCUCUACAGGGAGAACCUCUCACUGUGUAUGGUACUGGUUCCCAAACACGAGCCUUUCAGUAUGUGAGUGAUCUGGUGAACGGCCUGGUGUUGUUAAUGAACAGUAACAUCAGCAGUCCAGUCAAUCUGGGAAACCCAGAGGAACACACCAUAUUGGAGUUUGCUCGACUCAUCAAAAGUCUCGUUGUGAGCCGAAGUCAGAUCCAGUUCCUCCCAGAGGCCCAGGACGACCCACAGAGGAGAAGACCUGACAUUCGAAAAGCCAAGAUGAUGCUCGGCUGGGAGCCAGUGGUGCCCCUGGAGGAAGGCUUGAACAAAACCAUCCAGUACUUCAGCAGGGAGCUCGAGCACCAGGCCAACAAUCAGUACAUCCCCAAACCUAAAGCCGCCCGCAUGAAGAAAGGAAGACCCAGACACAACUGAGGCCAAGUGUCCCACCACAGACACUCCGAAAACACAGAAGGAUGUUAAGACUCCUCAGAGGACUCUUGAAAGCCACUCUCUGAAAUACACUGUUGAGUAGAGCACUCUCGGAUAUGGUGUCUUUUUUUUUUUUUCCUCCUUUUUUUUUGACAAGCAGAGAGGACUCUCUUUAAAAGGUGUUGUGUUGCCUUGUGUUGGAGCUGCAGCUGCACUUUGGGAUAAGGGCUUUCCAUACAAGAGCUUAUGUGUUGAACGAACAAGCUUGAAUCAAAAACAGGAAUUUGUGGCGAGAAAUCUAAAACCAAGCCUACCUUUUUUUUUUAUUAUUAUUAAAUUUGUGCUUUUGCUAUUUAAAUUGCAGACGUGAGAAUCUUGCAAACAGCUCGUACAGUGCAUCAGUGUUUUGUUUAUUUUAUCAGCUUCAUGAUGUUUUGUCUGCAAAGAUGAGCUGCCUGACUUUGUUUUUCCACUGGAUCUUUUGUCCUCUUAUCAGCGGGGUGUCAACACCCUGUUGGCUGCUCAUGCAGCGCACUGCAGGACAAAUCUUCUAGAGAUACUGUUACAGCAUCAUUAUGUGUUUAUGAGAACAUCAUUGUGUUCUACUUUGUGAAAUCUCACGUCAGGAUGUGCAUUAUCAAUUUCAGAUGAAGAUGCUAUUUUAAUAAAAUAUUUCCAAUA